UCCCACCCAACGGCAAGUGGUCGGCAGGAAUACCGCCGUGCCCCGUGCUGAGCUGAAGAUGGAGAACAGUCACGUCGAACCGAGCCCCUGUCGUUCUUCGGAGGAACAGUGCGGGAAUAUUCCUCUCUUGACCUGACUGGCGUCCCAUGGUUAUCUGGUGUCUUUCCACAUGCUGGGGACUGAUCAGAUGAAAGAGGAACAUUAGCUAGCAUGACAUCCUGAAGCUUAAAGCAUGGGCAGUCCAAAAUACCUUCAUCCCUUUUACACAGACAUGAAAUGUCUCUGUACUUCCUCUGGCCGGGUGUCAAACUGAUGGCUUGAUGGAUUCGCAUAAUGCCUUUUACGGCAGCUAUUGCAGGUCGAUUUUCCAUCAGAAGGCGCAUUCUUCGGGCAGUCGACAUGCAAUUGCAAAGCAGGACAGGGCCACUGCAACCAUCAGAUAGGGUUGUUGUACGUACUUGCACAUUACAUCAAAAAAGGUUACAAAGCUGUGCCACCCACAGUCAGCAAGACCUCGCUGCCACAGACAUGGCAUGUUCCAUCUCGGGCCUUGGGCUUUACACCACAACCUGUGAAUACACUCAAAGUAUGCAAAUUGAAGCCACCCACAGAUAAGAUGCCCCCAAAUAAGUACAAAAGAAGUAGUUAUGCCAUCAGGCCCAAUGUAUAUUGCCCCGUUCCACUCCCCCUACCAAGCGACCAAUUUGCACUUGACCUCCAAAAGAACCUUGCUGCCAUUGGAAGUAACAGCCAGAUGUUAAAGGUACUGCAGGCAUCGAGCAGACACCCAGCAAAAAAAGGUUGAAACUAAAUAUGGAGACCUGCCCUUUGGCUCAGUAUUGACCUACCAAACACUUAACCUGCCCACCACUAGUGAUGAUCCCCACUCUCCAUUUCCACUGCCACCACAACCAUCAAACUAUGCCACAGCUCUAAACAGGAAUGAGAGCAUCUAUUACGGUGGCAUGGCUGUCACCCACCCUGAUGCUGAGGCACUGGACGUUGAGACAAGGGGGCAGAGCACAAGUAAGACCUGGCACCGUGUCCGCACCCAGCGUCUGUCAUCAUCAGACUACAAGAGCAUAGUCUCAAGGGUGGCAGACUUUGAGACUCUGGCAGCCAGAAUGCAGAGACCGAAGAGGACUGUGCAGACACAGGCCAUGAUGAGAGGAAUUGAGUUGGAGCCCAUUGCAGCUAUACAGUAUGAGGAAGUAACUGGACACUCGGUCUCCACUUGCGGUUUCUCCAUCAACCCCAACGCCCCACAUUUGGGUGCCUCCCCUGACCGAAAGGUGGUGGAUGACUCCGGUCAGCUUCAGGGACUGCUGGAAAUCAAGUGUCCUGAUGUGGACAGCUUUGUGGAGUGCAAGUACCUUUCUCUAAGACCAGAUGGAUCUUUUGCUCUCAAACACAGCCAUGGCUACUAUAAUCAGAUGAUGGGACAAAUGGGAAUCACAGGGAUGAUGUGGUGUGACUUUUUUAUGAAGUGCCAAGAUGACUACCACCUGGAGCGAAUCUACUUUGAUGCGGAGGAAUGGGAGAAUAUGAAAACUAAGCUGGAUCUUUUCUUUUUCGAGUACUUUCUGCCUCUCCUGUGCCAGUGAGGAGAGACACACACACAGGGCUGUAUUCAAAGAAGCUGUUUAAUCACAAUAAAAUAAAAAAUAAGAUACAUUUCAUUUUUAUACUUUAAAUUCAAUAUUUAUACAUUAGAUUGUCCCAUCUACAAUAUUUUCAUUCUUUGUCCUUUAACAAAACUGUUGGUUCAUUUUAAACUAAAAUAUGUUCGGUCAACUGUCAUUCUGUUGUAGCAAUAAACUGGAACUCGCUACCAACUCAAAUCAUCAAUUGUUUACUGAACCAAGAUAGUGAUUGCUCAUCUCAAGGUGUGGGCUAAAA